AUGUCAAAGGUUAAUUUUAUUGUUAAAAUAAAUUUCUGUGACGAGAGAGAUCUGUAUAAACUCCCAUGUGUAAAUAAAAAACGGGCUCAACAGAUAAUCUGUUGGAGAUCACGUCAUAGGAACUUAACGCCGGAUAGCUUAGAUGUUAUUAAAGGGGUUAGCAGGUCCAAUUUAGAGAAGCAUAUAGACUUCACUCCUAAUCCUGAAUGGGGAGGAAAUGGUGUACGUACAGUGAUACAUUCAGUAUCCUCGCAGGCUGAUAGAAAGAACCUGGCUGCUACUUCCAGUAGUCGACAGCUGCCAUUAACUCCUUUCACAAACCCCUCUCAUCACCAACAUGAAAUACCUGCACAGGGUGGGUCGGGUCCAGAUUUCCUGGAUCCGUAUUAUGGGCCAGCAUUCCGGUUGGGUAAGUCAUCAUCUAAGGGGAAAAGCAGGCAAACCCGCCGUACUGUCGAAUCCUCCGAAGAAAGUGAGAGUGAGGAGGAGAGUGAUAGUGAAAGUGAGAGUGAGGAGGUUUUGCGAGGUUGGCAAACCUUUCUGGAACACGUCAGAGCUGAUCAGCGUCGAGAAAAUUAUCCUAGACCUGAUCAAAGAUGGGAAGACUAUAGACAUGAUCAGCGAUGGCAAGAUUACUAUAGACCUCGUCAACGAUGGGAGGAUUAUCGUAGACACAGCCCACGACAGGGAGAUUAUAGACCCGAGAUGUGUACCCUCAAGCCGAGGGACAUCCCCAAGAAUCUCAUAUUCAAAGGCAAAGGAAGCUGGUCUUUCUUUAAGAAACGCUUUAUGGCAUUUACUGAAGAGUAUGAGCUCUCACCAAAAGCUAGAAUCGAAACACUGAGUUGGUAUGUGGAGGGACCUGCGGCUGAUUUCUAUGUGAAUCUCCUAGAAAUGGACCGUAGGAUCACCUUUAAGAAGAUCUUGAAGGCCUUUGACAAACGCUUCGGGGAGGAAGACUUGCCCGCCGUCCUGCAAGCUAGACCGGAGACCGCCACUCAACGUGAGGACGAAUCCGUCAACGAGUGGGGUGAUCGAGUCAUGACCAUGACCCGAAAGGCAUACAAAGAUCUACCAAACGCCUGGAUCCGACAGGAAGCUGCUACUAGGUUCUGUCUUGGGUGUCGAGAUACAGAGGCUGGGAGAUAUGUCCUCCACGAGCAAGUUUCUACUCUGGCAGAGGCUUUGACUGAGUGUGAAUAGUAUUACAGCCUGCGAAAGUUGUAUGGUAAGAGUGGGAGCAGAUCUCGAAAUAGUGGAAAGUCCCUGAUCAAGUCUGCUACCCGUGUCACUCAAUACUCAUCAUCUCCUUACUCCAAGGAUGAAGAUGCAGGGAGCAGAAACUGCAGGGCUGCAAAAUGCCAACAAGUAAGUGAACGUUACAACCGGGGUGGUAAGUCCAACUAUCCCAGAUCCUCCGCUCCUGCAAGGCAAGCUGCAGUCAUACCCGCAAGUAAACUGGUCACGACAGGCCAGAAACCAUCCCCAUCUCCAUCAUGCAACACU